AUGGUUCCUUGCUAUGGUAUUUCUAAGGAUUUAGAGGGGAAUUAUAUCAUGGUUAUGGAGUAUAUGGAAGAAGGAAAUUUAAGAGAGUAUUUAAAAAAGAAUAGGGAAUUAGAUUUAAAAAGCGAAAUUGACUUCCUACCACAAAUCAUCCAAGGUCUAAAAGAUAUUCAUCGUAAGCAUUUAGUUCAUCGUGAUUUCCAUAGUGGGAAUAUUAUUGUUGAUGAGAAUAAGAAUUAUCCUUAUAAAGAUGUAUGUCGUAUCACCGACUUAGGUCUAUCCAAACCAGCAGAUGAAAAAGAUGAUAACCAAGUUUAUGGGAUAGUUCCUUAUGUAGCCCCCGAAGUUUUAAAAGGAGAAAAGUAUAUUCAGAAUAGUGAUAUCUACUCCUUAGGCAUGAUUAUGUAUGAAAUAAUUACUGGAAUACCUCCUUUUGGCAAUGAAAGUCAUAAUCUUAAAUUAUCUUUAAGAAUUUGCCGUGGAGAAAGACCUAAAUUUCCUGACCAAGAACCCAACAAUAGACCUACUGCUAGGGAAGUAAGUGAAGCCGAAGAAUACAAUGAAACUUUACCAGAUAAAAUCCAAUAUCCUACUUAUCAUUCCCAAGAG